CUUUUGAUGUUUACCAUGAUAUGUACAAUGGCCAAUUUAUAAUCAUGAUUAUUUUUAUGAAGCUAAAUAUGGCAGUGGGAAAUUUUCAGAAUCAAAAUAAAUAAAACAACAGUCUUCAUAAAUUCGAGCAUGGCAGCCCAGGACGACGAAAGCCACGGGGAGAUGCACACAAGCACACAGCAGGGAGUAGACGAGGGUGCCACAGAUGCCUCGUGGGUCAGUUUACGGCCACACGUGCUGCGGCAGGAGCUCUCCCGGCUGCAGGGGCUGCAACAGUGGAACCAGGAGAUUGCCGAAAAAGCCAUCAACAUGCUCGCCGACCUAGAGAGCGCCCUUGCACAGACUAAAACCACCAGGGAGGCACCGGGUCCAUCCGCAACCCACGCACGGGCCCCGCAUCCAGACGAACAACACCCCCCGCCCAUCAACGUCGCUUCCAUCGAGAAGCAGCCAUACAUCACCUCCACAGAGAAUGUCCUCAACGAGCCUAAGACACAGAGCCGAACAAAUAUCUCUGGAGUUCACAGGGGAAGAUCGGGUCUGAACGAACAUCUUCCCCCACCAGCAGAUGUCCCUGCUAUGAAGAAGCUCUGGUGGAAGGCCACCAUGCAUGAUGCCUUAAUCGAACAUAAAACACCCAAACAACCAACUACUCCUGAACCUAGUUCAGUGAGAUCGGAUCUGAAUGAUCACCUUCCAUUACCAUCAGAUAACUCUGUGUCAAGGAAGAUACUGUUGAACACCUUUAGGCAGACUAUCCCUGUGGUUCCCAAGACACAGAUACCAUCAGCUACACCUGCAGCCCAAAGACAGAGAGUGUAUCCCAAUGAACACUUCACCCCGCCCAUUGAAUCAUGCUCGUUAUCGGUUGUUGGGAAACAGCUUCCCACUCUCGUGGCCAGCAGAUGCCCCAAAUCAUUCAGGUCUUCUGGAGAGCCCCUAGAUCAACACAGGAACGCAACUCGAUCCCCACAAGAAUCCGCGGAAUCCAACUGGGCCGAGACCAUUGCACGGAGCCUGGACGAACAUGUUGCCCGCACAGAGUCGCAGUGCAUUAUGCUCGAAAAGAGACUGAGGCAGGUGGAGAAGUACAUCUCGUCGAUGCUGAAGACUGGCGUCGUUGAGAUGAAGGCAAAAAACACGAGUGAAGGUCUGGAUAGGAGAAGCACAACUCUGAAGGAAGCGAUGCAAGUCAUAGGGGACCAACAUCUGGAAUUGGAGAACUUAAGGAACAACUACUUGAAUGUGAAACUGAAGACGAGGGACCUGGAGAAGGUGGUGCAAAAUUACGAACAGGACACCGAAGAGCUAAGACGACGACUACAUGAUGAGCAAAAUCGCCGCCAAAAAGACCUUGAAAUACUUGUUCCUCUCACUUGGCAGCUAGAGAGGAUAUGCUCAGAUUUCGAAUACUUAACGUGCAAAAAGCAUUUUCCCGAUGUUUCCCAACCAUCUGCGCCACCGCAGAAUAUAGAUGUCGGCAUUUUUAACCAGCAAGACAAUGCCUCAGACGCAACAUAUGAGCAGUAUUCUCUCAGUUUGGAAAACGAAAACACACAAGAAGAUGUUCAACAGGAAAUUAGAGAACUUGAAUCAUCAUUUCCUCUAAUACUGAAUGAGCUGGCUCUUAAGAUCGAAGAACUCAAAGGUUUUCUUCGUCAGGUUAGUACACAAACAGCCUUAACUGAGUAGAGUCUCAUAAAUGAAUUAAGAAAAUA